UGCAUUCAUCUCUCCACAGAUUCCUUCCCGGGAGCCUUGUCUAGCCGCUCGGAGUACACGCUUGAUUGAGCCGUCAUGUGGAGAGAGCUGGUCUGAUGUGAAGUGACGGGAGAUGACACCAUUCACAACAUUUAGAUCUCAGCUCUCGAAAACCAGCCACCGCUGAGAGCCCGACGGCCCUAGCAGGAGACCAGGGAGAAGCGGAGAGCCCGGAGGCUCGAAUCAAUACCCAGUCUACCUCCACGUAGGGGGGCAGGCAUUCCUCCAUAUCCCCCCUCUCUCUGGGGGGAAAGGGAACAAUGGUGGACGUGAUUGCCAGGACUAGAAAAGCUUGAUUCGCAAAUGCGGGGGGGUCCUGCAUACGACGUGGCCGAGGAAAAUGGCUGUUCAGUCCCGCUUGUGUUGAAUAUGGAUCAUUUCUAGGAGGUAAAGAUGCACAUUUUGUCAUGAUGUCGCUCCUCCUGGUGUGUCGGAUUGUUUUCUCUAUGAGUCACGAGUGAAAUAUUGAGAAAGGAAAUGUUACUUGAUCGAUGCCGUGAAAGGGAACAUUACACCGAGCUAACCAACAGGGAACACUCAAAAUCCAUGUUCCCUUUCCUGUGCCUUUGUGAAUCCAUCAUUCCUACAAUCUUGUAUUAUCAGUAGUUUUACAACAGAUGAAUAUUGACCCAGAGGAGUGCCAAUGUUGGGCUAUGACAGUUCUCAUUAGUCAACAUAACUGGAGUACUGCAGAGUUGUGAGCGUAGCAGCCAGGGCCAGGGUCCAGAGCAGGACUACAGGGGCGCUUCUCCAUGGCUGGAGAAGGAGGCCUCCUGGGGAACAACAGCAGCCCAGGAGAGGAUGGUCACAUGGGGAACAGCAGCGGGUCUGUCUUGGGAGUGGAGCAGGUUCUGGUGCCGGUGCUGGAUGUCUUGAUCUGGGUUCUGGGGGUGGGGGGCCACUCGCUGGUCAUGCUCAUCCUGUGUGGCAGGUGUAGGCAGAGGCCCGGGCCCAGGGGCCAGUCCUCCCAGGGGACAGUGACGGGGUCAGCUACUGAUGUCCUGCUCCUGGCCCUCAGUGCUGCGGACCUCCUCCUCCUCGCCAUGCUGCCCUUCCACACUGUGGCCAUAGCCACGCAGCACUGGCCCUUUGGCGAUGUCAUGUGUCGGCUGGUCAGCUUCCUGGGCGCGGCUUGCUCCUCUGCAAGCGCCUUCACCCUCGCCACUCUGGCGGUGACUCGCUACCUGACCGUGGUCCAGCCGGCCAGGGCCUACCGCCUCCUCACCGCGCGCAAGGUUACCGUGGCGACCGGCGCCCUGUGGGUGCCCGCCUGCGUCCUGGCCGCGCCCCAGCUGGUGUUCCGCUCGGUGGGCACCCCGCACCUGGCGCGCAGCGGCACGUCCUGCUUCUCCUUCCUGUCGCACCGCGAGCAGACGGCCUACGGCGUGUGCCAUUUCCUGAUGACCUUCGCCCUGCCCCUGGUGGUCAUCAGCAUGGCGUACGGCGCGGUCUACCGGUUCCUGUGGCGCCGCCGUCAGGACGGCAGGGCUCCUCAGGUGGAGAGGUACCAGAGGAAGGUGACCCGGACGUCGGUCAUGCUGGUGCUGGCCUUCACCCUCUGCUGGCUGCCCUCCUACGGCCUCAUGUUCUUCCUGCUGGGAGGGGGGAACCCCGGGGCCACAGGCACCUCCCCUCGCUACGGCCCCCUCAGCGUGUGGGCACGCCUCAUGGCCACCUCCUCCACGGUGGUCAAUCCCAUCCUCUACGUGCUCAUGUCCCACAAGUUCAGGCAGGACCUGCUGAGGCUGCUGGCAGGGAGGGGGGGCGUGGGGGGGGCUCAGGCGGAGGCUCAGGACACUGCCUGAAUCCUGCAGGGCUGCAGGGCGAGUGGUGUCGGACAGAGAGGAGGGUGAGGACAGACUGAAUGACUAUUCUCCAAGAUCCCUCCUGGCUGAGUUGGAUAUUUGACCUGAUAGACUCAAACGGACGUUCACUGUGAAAGACUAACGGACGUUACACUGACAUUUGCUACGAUACAAUGCAAGUGAUUCUCAGCUCGAGUCAGGCCACUGACACGCACUCCUGGGAAUGGCAGACAAACAUUCCAUCCCAUCUAAUCAUUAAGAGUAGGGUCAUUCUCUGGCAGCAUUUCCGUGUUCUGUUCUUGUCAGAAACAGUGUGGAGGUCUGUGGUGUAUUGGACUCUGCUACCUACUUUCUUUGCACAGUUCGUUAUGUACAGAUUUAUGUAAUCCUUCUUUCCUUGUUAUGCAGUUUUCAUAAAGAAUGUAUUUGACCACAAAACCAUGUUUUGCCCACCGUUUUUCUCUCGUGUUGGCAUCCGU